AUGACGCACAAGAUCCAGACCCAAAAGCAAUACUAUGUUUUGGAGGACAAGAUUGAGCGAUCUGUAAGUGCUCAGAAGAGUCUCGCAGAGCGAUUCCAAUGCUCUAAUGAGCCAUCAAGCGAACUUUCAGAUGCUGCGUCUUCACAGAGCAACCGUCCAACUGGCCGUCCUACCAUACUUGACGAACAGCAAGAGGCUGAGCUUCUAACAUUGUUUGAGAGAGAGAUCAAGAACAAGCUGGUAAUCAACAAGGACCUGGUAGGCGAACGAGUACAGACAAGCAAAACACUGCAGGGCCUAGACAUCAAAAAGAUUUUCAACCGCAUUCGCUAUCUGUCCUCCCUUGAGCCAAAUCCAGAGCUCCCAACAGCUUCUUCAGACGAGGACAGAACCGCUAAGUGGGUGGAUGACAAUUCCUCCGACAUAAUCCCACCGACAGUGACCUCGCUGCUCAAGGGGAGCUCCAUGGGUACGCGGAAGUAUUGGUCAACUGAGGAUGAAGCCAUUGUGGAGAGAGUGUACUCUCACCUGUUCAAGAGAGGGUCUCGCCUUCCUCGGGUCCAUGAUAUAAAGCAUGUCAUGGACACGUGUAAAGACGAAGACUUUCAAAUGUUGAUGCUCUCUCUCGGGAGUAACCAGCCAACAAUUCAGUACCGGCUCUUGGCAAAAUGCAAAACUAUGCAUUUGUCUCUAAACAGGAAGUCUAGAAAGGGUAGGGUGUUAAUAUAAACUACAAAUGCUUGUUUCCAUACUUUUCCCACAAUUCAUAAUUUUGAUUACAAGUUUGAUCUUUUGAUAAGCCCAAAUGAUACUCUUAAAGGAAAAGUAAACGAGACGUUGUAUUAUAUCAUUGUAAAUUCGAAGACUGUGAUGAUCAUAAGAUUAUAUAUGUUUUUCCGUUACGUUAGAGAAGUGCCACGUUUAGUGCAAUCAAGACCGGUAUACUGCAGCAGAUAAGUCCAUCCCAUUAGAGUUUGGGGAAAAAUGUACAAACUCAUACAGAUGAUACGAGCCUUUUGUAGUUAAAUUAACUUAUCAUUUACUCAAUGAAAAUUUGUAUACAGUAAAAGGCUUAUUAUUAAAAAGGAGAUAUUGUCACCUUUGUUGAACCUCGUAAGCGUCAUUGAAGCUCGUAAGCUUCUCUCCUCGAUAUUCCAUGCACAAGGGUCCACUUCCCGGGACACUUCCCAGCUGAAAGGGACAUUUCCCGGGACAUUUCCCUGAUGGGUCAGUUCCCGGGACACUUCCCGGGACAAUUCCCGGGACACUUCCCACUUUACGGGACAAUUCCCGGGACACUUCCCAAAACGGGACACUUCCCGGGACAACUGCCAUUUCUAACCGGGAAAUGUCCCGGGAAGUGUCCCAUUUUAGGGACAUUUCCCGUAGAAACAAUACAAUACAAUACAAUACAAUACAAUACAAUACAAUACAAUACAAUACAAUACAAUACAAUACAAUACAAUACAAUACAAUACAAUACAAUACAAUACAAUACAAUACAAUACAAUACAAUACAAUACAAUACAAUACAAUAAACUUUAUUUAACGAGGGUUUCAUAUUAACCUUUUACAGUUUUAUAAUAUAUGGCCCUCCCUAUAUCUAAGUACCUAUGAUAAUAAUAAAAGACGAUGUUAGACAUUUACGGAAAUACAAAGGGGAAACUUGAAAAUUAAACUAUACAAGACAUCACUAAUACUACAUCUUGAUAAAGCAACUAAAAACUAACUACAAAACUAACUACAAAAACAGGUAGACGUCAACAUAGAAACAAGUACAAACAGACAAACAUUAAUUAACAUGCAAUAAUAAUUAACAUGAGAAUGGAUAACCGGUUUUAGGAAAAGUAGCAGCGGCAGUCUAUAUAAAAACGGCAUGUAUGGCAAAAAAGUUGUUCUAAGUGAGAUACCGAGUUAAGGUGAGAGUGGAAAAUAUCACGGACUUUUUUCUUAGCAAGACUUGUAACAUUUUGUAGUUGAUUGGGAUUUAAAAUACGGGAGUCAGCAAGUUGUUUAAGGCUGGGGGGUAGAAGGUUAAAAACAGAAACUGCAGAAAAGGAAAAGGUGCGUUUGCCAGCAUCAGUCCUGGGCUGGGGGAGCACGAGAUUGUGUGAAGUCGACGAUCUCGUUCUCCGUUCAUGCGAAACAAAAGAAAACUUUGAACGCAA